GUCCGGUGAAAGCGGAGCAGCCGUGUAUGUCGCAUCUCGAGUAAAAUGACGAAACUGCGCUGCAUGAAGAAAGAUGUACUUUAUGCCGAUCUCUGAAUAUAUUUGAAAACUUCCUUCAAAGAUAGUUCGAAGUUGUGUAGUCUUUUCAAUAGUUACAUUUUCAGACUGUAUAAGGUUGCUUAUACCAUCUCAAGGAACAGAGGAAGAGGACGCAGAUUGAGCAGCCAGCCAAUCAGCAAGCCAGCCAGCAGACAGACAUCGCAAGGAGGGCAGAAGGGGACCUACAGUCCUGCGUGGUGGAGAUAACGUCCCAAGACUAGCAGCAGAGCUGACUGUGAAAGAGACUCCACAUUUAUUUUCACCUUCAUUUAACCAGAAAAGCCCUUUGAGGUUCAAAACCCCGUUCCAGAGGUCCAUCAUGGGGAAACAGAACAGCAAACUGCGGCCUGAAGUGCUGAACGACCUGCGCGAGAACACAGAGUUUUCCGACCACGAGCUCCAGGAGUGGUACCGAGGCUUCCUCAAAGACUGCCCAACGGGCCACCUGACAGUCGAAGAGUUCAAGAAGAUCUACGCCAACUUCUUCCCGUAUGGCGACGCUUCCAAGUUUGCUGAGCAUGUCUUCCGGACGUUCGACACCAACGGCGACACCACCAUCGACUUCCGGGAAUUCAUCAUCGCGCUGAGUGUCACAUCGCGCGGCGGCCUGGAGCAGAAGCUGCGCUGGGCCUUCAGCAUGUAUGACCUGGAUGGGAAUGGCUACAUCAGCCGGGCUGAGAUGCUGGAGAUCGUACAGGCGAUUUACAAGAUGGUGUCUUCAGUGAUGAAGAUGCCAGAAGAUGAGUCGACGCCAGAGAAACGGACCGAUAAGAUCUUCAGACAGAUGGAUGUAGACAAUGAUGGCAAACUCUCUCUGGAGGAGUUCAUCAAAGGUGCCAAGAGUGACCCUUCCAUCGUCCGGCUCCUGCAAUCUGACCAGGGAACCUCUCGCCAGUUCUGAAGACAAAUGGUCAACCACACACAGUUCUGAACACAGAAAAGUGGACAGAUGGACGCUGUAUCAUCCCUCAUCCACCACACACACAAUUCACACGAGAAAGAGGUGGAAGAGGCUCAGUUGUCGUUACAACACCCAUACCUCAUUCCAUGUAUUAUUGUUUACAUCAUCAGUAGUUCCCUAGCCUGAUCACAGAUAUGUUAGCAUGGAGUUGGCAAGACAGCACAAACAGAUCUGGGACCAGGCUAGCAGUUUCCCAUAACCCAAUGCAGCGGUCUGAAAAAUGCUUUCUACAGCGAAUAAUGUUUUCCGUCAUGGAACAUCACAUUCUACACCCACAGUACCACUGAUAGACUCUUACGACAUUUCCUUGCAAAUGUUUACUGCUUAAUGUUUUCUUUUUAAUUGCCUUACUUCAGUCAAAGUGAAGUGCCAUAUCUUUUUUAAUAUUUGUACUGAAUAUAUUAUUACACUUGCAAGUAUUAUGGAUGUGUUACGGUAAGAAAUCAACCAAAACUAAUAUUUUGUAUAUUAACCAUGGUUAGUCUCAUUGCGACCUUUACUGUAAAUGUAAUAUUAGCUAGAAACACAAAAUAAUUCUAGAGUUUUUCACUUUAACAAUGUACCAUUGCUGCAGCACAGGUAUUUUUUCAAAAUGAACUUUGUAUUGCCCCCAACUGUACAGGCAGUUCCAGUGUAUUAAAACCAGUAUUUUGUCAUUUUAUGCGGUCACUGGUUUGUUUAACUCCACAGGGUAUGAUUAAAUCAAGAGUGGAUAAACUCAGUUCCCAAUAAGGAAACACUUGGGAUACGCACCCCGAAGACUACACUGCAAAGAUGUGCAUUCCCUCAGCAUUGUUUUUAGCUUGCGUACACCAGAAGCAUAUCAGACAAAAAAAAAAGUAAGCAACUAUCAGUUGUGUUCACUUCGCAGACACACGUCUUUGUGCUAGAAGUAGACAUGAAAUGUAAAGAGAUUAUGCAACGCAAGCCUCGCUUCACUGGUAUGCUGCUUCUACGGUUUGUGUAGCUAGCAUGUCAUUGAGUACAGUGCGUUGGUUCCGAUUACUGACCACUAACGUUCGAAGAACCGCAGCCUAGUUUGAGGGUUAGAGGUCACUACGGUCAUAGCUGUGCAUGAGCUCUAUCUGCUUGUCGUUUCCCAACACAGAAUAUACAUGAAUAAUGAUGAAACAAAGUGACUUUGUUUUCUCUUUUUAUUUUUUUUAACAAAAAUGUAAUUUUGUUUUCACACAAUCUAAAUAAAGUUGUGUAAGGAAAAUCUA